AGACUAUCACGAGCAGGCCUUCUUUGUCGUCUGGUCACGAUUCGUUUGGUACAGAGUGAAAACAUACGUCAAAACAAAAAUAACGAAAGUGUUUUUAAAAAUUUGAGCUGCCACGAUUUGACUGAUAAUAGAUGUUGAUAGUAUAUUUAUUUUAACACAUGAAUAACUUCGAUGGUUUGUUGCAUUAGUGAUAUUUGUUGGAGCGGCUGAUGAACAAGUCAGAUAAUACUUUUUACUUAAGGAUAGGAUAUAUGUUAUUAGUAUUUGAUUAUAACAUUAGUACAGACGUAAACAUAUCAAAGUUGUUAGUAGGAUUAUUUUUCUUCUGUGUAAAAGGCUUAUGAUAUAAAUUACAUUUAAUAUUUUAUUUUGGAGUUUCAACAAUGUCGAAAGAGAUUUACCAUUCGUCACAAGAGGACAUGGAUAGUGAGGUAUCUUUUGAUUCUACGGGCAAACAGAAGAGUUUUCGGCGUCUUAUUACUAGAUUUGCCGAGAAAACAUCAAUGCAGGGUCCGCCUUACAUCAACAUGGCAAAACUAUGGUGGGCAAAGGUCAUUUGGGCUAUUUUAUUACUUUGUGCUGUUGCAGCAAUGUCUUUACAUCUCUGGUACCUCUUCUUUCAGUGGUAUUCAUGGCCUAAAACAACUGUAAUUUCUCUAGGGUUUGAUGACCUUAUAUUUCCACAAGUUACAAUUUGCAAUACAAAUAUUCUACAUAAAAACAGAUUUGAUAAAUAUAAAGGGGCUAAAGAACUAAAAAUGCUUGUAGAUGACCUGAAGCCCGAGAACUUUGUGCCACAUCAGUUCAAUGAAAAUUAUGACCCGGAUACUGACAAAAAGAUUCCGCCAGGUAUGCAUCGCCAAGAUGGAAAUCAGCAAGGAGGAACCGAACAAGGUGGGAAUCAGACAGAACAAAGUGGAAAUCAGCAAAGUGGAACCGAACAAGGUGGAAAUCAGCAAGGUGAAACCGACCAAGGGGGGAAUCUGCCAAAUGGAACCGACCAAGGCGGAAGUCAGCAAGGCGGGACAACUGAAACUGGUAGAAACCGCCCGACUAGCAAUACUACACAGACUCGAACACCGACACGCAGCAUGGAAAACAAGCAAAUCCAGACGACACCUUCACCAAGAUCAAGGAAGAAACGAUUUGACGGUAACUACGAAUAUUUGAAUGUCAGCGACUAUGUAGAGGAAUAUCAAGACAUUGAUGAGGAUGCUGGUGGUCUUAAUUCUCCAAUAGACAGUCAAACAAAAUUAGAAAAAGUCUUCCGACAGUUAUACAUGGACAUAGAGAGACCAAGAAGAAGACAACUUGGGCAUGACAUUAAAGAUAUGUUGGUUGGUUGCACAUUCAACGGGCGGCGGUGUAACUCGGAUUUUUUCCAGUUGCACCAGACAUCCGAAUAUGGAAACUGUUGGACAAUUUCCUCAGAUAAAUUCGUCGUUAAAAGAUCUGGCCCCGGCGGAGGACUAUCAAUCGUGUUAUUUCUGGAGACGUCGGAGUACCUGAAGGGACUGACGACGGGGUACGGGGCUCGAAUCCAGUUCCAGGAACAGGACACGUAUCCUUUCCCUUUUGAUCAAGGGGUAUUUAUAUCAGGAGCUAUGGAAACAGAUAUUGGCCUGAAGUUUAGGACAGUAAAUAGACUUGGUGGUGACUUUGGCUCGUGUAAUGAUGGUGUGGAAUUCAUGAAAUGGUACAACUUGACAUACACAAGAAGGGCGUGCCAAGCGUUUUGUCGCAUAACAACAGUGAUAAAAACUUGUAAUUGUUUCGAUGAUGACUGGGAAGAAUUCGCUUUCAAAAAAGAUAACACACUCCGACCUUGCAGAUCAGCAAAAGAGAAAGAAUGUCUUAGGGGUGUACUGCAUAAAUACGGCCCGGGAGCGCUGUGGCAUUUGGAUAAUCCUUGCGAUACAACAGUUUUUGUCAGACAUUGGUGGCGCUUUGGGUCUAGGUGGGCCUUUAAAUACGAGUUUUUGCGAGGUGAUAAUUUUUUUCACGAAUUUUUCGACUUGGUAUUAAAAACGAAAAACAGCCAACACGCAAACACGAAGAGCAAAGAUAACGAAGGCCGCAAAUCUCCCGAACAUACAGUCGGCAAUGAAAAGGAACCCGAACACAAAUUACCCCGUUUUGCGUUUAAUCCUAUAGAUAGACUGCCGCACCAUAUGCAGGACGAAAGUCCCUUUCGGGAACAAGACAGUUCGUAUCAUUCUGAUACAGGAAGUUAUGAUAAUAGGCAUCAGAGAAAACAUGACCUUGACCUCUAUGGAUCGCACAGCCCUAACUUAAGAGUUCAUGGAGGGAGCCCUUUCCUGGGCAGAGGUCGUUAUUUGGAACCCGACAGAAUUUCAUAUAAUUCGGACAGAGGUAGUGAUCAUAGACGACAUCGCACCAAAGUAGGUCAAGGCCCAAAAGAUAUUCCAAGACGAGUCAAAAAGAUAAAGAAAUCCUGA